UCAUUCAUAGGACCAGAUCUGCUACUGUGUACCGUAACAGGUCACUUUUCACGUCCUCCAGCGUACAUAGAGUGGACUUUAUGGAUACAUAAUCGCACAUUUGACGAGCGGAUAAAGGACCACGCUUCGAGGAUUUAAAGCUAAACGAGAGGACUUUUAACACAUUGAAUUGGGACGCUUCCCCGUAAACGCGGGGAACUGGAUUAAGCUUCUUCAUGCAACUUUUUUGGAAGAGCAUUUUACCAGGAAAUUGCAAAAAGAUCAGCAACGGUAACCCCGCGCUCUCAGAAGACCUCACUGCGGGAGUCCUGCUCUCUCUCGGUCCCUCCGGGGAGAUGUACCAAGGGUUCCCCGGCGACCCAGACAGCGGAUCCCGUGGGAGCUCCUCUCCAUCUAUAGAGUCACAGUACCUUUCCUCGGUGGACUCCUUCGGAAGCCCACGGACCACCGUUGCUCCACAGGAGUGUGUCUCAGCAGGAGCUGGCUUGAGCAUUGUGGGCAUCGGGCCAGGGACCAGUGUCGGAGGGGAAAUGCCCAGUUCAUUCGUGCCCACCGUCACCGCCAUCACCACCAGUCAGGAUCUGCAGUGGAUGGUACAGCCAACCCUCGUCUCCUCCCAGGCCUCUGGCCUGAGUGGGACUGGGACAACAACAAUGACCCAGCCAGUGUCACUGGUUGACCCGUAUGACAUGCCAGGCCCCAGUUAUUCCUCAGGGUCUGCAUUCAACCCCACAAGUUCAGACACUCAAGGCCCAGCUCCAGGCCCCAUCCGCCAAUCCAGAACCCGCAGCCGUCGUACCCGAGAGGAGUCUGUGAGUGAGGAUGGAGAUGUUGGUGUGUUACUAACACCUGAGGAGGAGGAGAAGAGGCGUGUUCGGCGAGAGAGAAACAAGUUGGCUGCCGCUAAAUGUAGAAACCGCAGACGAGAUCUCACAGACAGACUGCAGUCGGAGACGGACAUCCUGGAGGAGGAGAAGGCCGAGCUGGAGGCUGAGAUCUCUGAGCUGCAGAAGGAGAAGGAGCGUCUGGAGUUUGUCCUGGUGGCCCACCAGCCGUCCUGUAAGAUCUCGUACACGGAGGCAUCACAGCAGGGCUCGUUGCAGAUGCCUCAAGUCCAGCUCCAGCUCCCUCCCGUGACCUUACAACCUCCGGUCUCCAUCGUGGGCUUGGCUGUGAGGGAAGACUCUUUCUAUCUGCCUCCUGCCUACACAGCCCAUCCGGCCUCCACACAGUCCCAGCCUCCGAUCCAGCAGCAGCUUCCGCCAGGGAUAAUGCAGGAGGUAGAGUUUUCUCGUUCUUUCUAUGGCUCAAGUGAGCCGGCAGCAGGCAGGCCGUGCUUCAUGGCCAGCGACAGUGGUGGUGGUGGUGGUGGUAACCAUGACGAAGCGGCCAUUGGCAACUACAACACCUCAUACACAUCUUCAUUUGUGUUCACCUACCCAGAGGGAGCCUGCGGGGUCAGUGCCAACCAGCGGAACAGCAGUAGCGAGCAGUCGUCUGAUUCCCUGAACUCGCCUUCGCUGCUGGCACUCUGACUGACCGACAGACACGCGCACACAUAUCAACAUGCACACACAUUAUGCCCGCUGGAAGUACAGGCUGAGGCAAGUACAUACAGAGAACCCAUCAGUCUCACUUAUUGAAGAAUAUAGUUUGUAUCUGAUGGGGUUAAAGUUUACACAUUCCAAUCAAGAGCCAUAUAUUUGCACAUUAGUUACAUUAAAUCUAACCUUAACCACCAAUACAUAAAUCAUUUAAUGUUUUGUAUUGGAAUAGCUGCAACAAGAUACGUGAAUAAAAACAGUCAAAAAAUCCACAUUGCAAAUCUUAAAAUGAUUUGAUGUAAACGAUGAAUUAACAAUGAACAUUCAUCGCUCAGUUAAUGAUCCAACCAGCACCAGUGCCCCCACCUCGUUCCCUCUGUCGGUUGACUUUUCAAGUGCUCUUGCUCUCAUCCUAUUCCAUCCCUUUCCUCCUUCUUCCUGUUGCUGAAUCUAUUUGUGCAAAUCUGAAAUGGGGUCGAAGGACAUUUUGUUCAUGGUCUUUUUUUUGUGAAAGACAAACUGAUGGUUUCUCGCUCACCUCUAAUCUUUAAUCUGCUCGACUUCCCUUCGCCUCUGCGUGUGUUGUUUGGACUUGGCAUAUCGGGGAUCUGAGUAUCCGAGCCUCGUCUGAUUCUUGUGCUUACUUCAUUCGUGUUUUCUUCUUUUUUAAUUCUUCUGCCGUCUGCGUAUCUUCUCCUCUUCUGUCUUGUGUUUCUUCCUCUCCCUCUCUCUGAAGUCUUCAAACCCUGAGAGCCCGAAGACCCCCACCAGCCCUUGGGACCUUGAGUGACUGACCCAACCAGCAAGCCCUUUUGCACCCUUUCAUACA